GUCUGACGACACUGAGGCGGAAGCCGGAAGAAAAACAACAACCAGUUUGUUUCAUAUUCUGAGCUUCUUCUUUUUUUUAAAGAGCACUACUAUAUACAAUGGACGUGGUGGAGACCAAACUCAGAGGGUCCCCUGGGCCCAAAGGUAUCCAUGGAGACCAAGUAAUGCAGACCCUGAGGGGGGUGAAGCAGGAGGACUGUGGGCCCCUAACAACACCCCUAACAACGUACCUGAGUUUUGCCCAUGUGAAAACAGAAGAAGAGGAGGAAGAGACAUGGGGUGUGGCUCACCCAAGUACAGGGUUCUUCAACGUCAAGAAGGAGGAAGAGGAAGAAGCCAUAAUAUAUCCUAUACAGCCUAAUGACAACCCAAGCCCCACUUCUGACAUUACCAGCCACAGUUCUGACGACUCCAGCCCUGACAAUGGCCCUAGAGCCACCCCUGACAAUGGCCCUAGAGCCACCCCUGACAAUGGCCCUAGAGCCACCCCUGACAAUGGCCCUAGAGCCACCCCUGACAAUGGCCCUAGAGCCACCCCUGACCUGAACAACCCCCACCAUAACAACGACCCCAGGUCUGGCCCUGCCGGUGGAGGGGCAUCGGACAAGGACCCUGCAUCCAGAGAGGAAGAUGAGGAAGAUGAGGAGAGGAGCCCCCAGAUCUCAGCAAACCCAGGGACUAAGCCCAACAAGACCAAAGGCGGUCAUCAGAGGCCGUUCCCCUGCUCUAGGUGUGGGAAGCGUUUAUCCACCACUGUUAGCUUAGACAAACACCAGGUCAUCCACACCCGACUGAGACCGUACCCCUGCUCCGUACCGGCCUGCGCCAAGAGGUUCUGCUCACCAGCCGAGCUGAAGAGACACACACUCACACACACAGGAGAGAGACCCUUCCCCUGUCCAGACUGUGACAAGAGCUUCACCAUACUGGCUGCUUUAAAGACCCACCAGAGAACACACACAGGAGAGAGACCUUACGUCUGUGAGGUGUGUGGGAAGGGCUUCGCCCAAACGGGGAACCUGAAAUCCCACGAGCGCAGGCACACCGGAGAGAGACCGUUCUGCUGCUCCUUCUGUGGGAAGACCUUUGUAGAGUCUGGCCAUCUGAAGAAGCACCAGCGUAUCCAUACAGGAGAGAAGCCGUACCACUGCAGCAGCUGCCCCAUGAAGUUCCCUUCCUCCAGCGAGCUCAGGGUCCAUGAGAAGAUCCACAGCCAGGAGAAACCUCACAGCUGUUCCUACUGCGACAAGGCCUUCAAACAGCUGUCCAACCUCAAGCUCCACCAGAGAAUACACUCUGACCAGAAGCCUUACGCCUGCUCCUACUGCGACAAGACCUUCCGUGCUCAGGGGACCUUAAAGGUGCACCUGAGGACUCACACAGGAGAGAGGCCUUACCCCUGCUUCGACUGUGACAAGCGUUUCAUCACGUCCUCAGAGUUGAAGGUGCACCAGAGGAUUCACACGGGAGAGAAGCCCUUCUACUGCUACGACUGUGGGAAGAGUUACUAUCAGCUGAAGCAGCUGAAGGAACAUAUGAAGUUCAACCCGGACCACAGCACCACACGUAGCGGACUCCGUAACAUAGAGGACGAGGACAAGCUCUACUCAGUAACAUAGAGGACGAGGACGAGCUCUACUCUACGUCACAUGAUGAUGUAACAAUGUCUUGAUUUUUUUUAUUUUUUUUAGUUGCCUAGAAACAGACAUUACAUUUUUUUUUAAUUGUUUAUUUUAUUUAACUAGGCAAGUCAGUUAAGAACA